UUCCAAGUUUAGUUACCUCCAAACCAUGCUAUAUAAAUAUCCUUCCUUGUUCAUGUGCCCUGGCACACAUGUGCAAAAGUUUCUGUAAGGAGUUAAAUUGCUUGGUCAUUCCUUAUGAGUAUUUUCAUCUUUAUUAAAUAUUGCCACAUUGUUUUUGCAGAGUGGCUGUACUGGUUUACAGCCCCAUCAGCAAGAUGGGUCUCCUUGGCUGGAUUCCAGUCUGCCUCUUUUGGGAGGAGGGUGUAGCAGGGAGAGAAAUAAGGCUGGCAAGGAAUGAGGAAGCCAGGCAGGAGAAGGCCAUUAGUGCCAAUCCAAGGUGUUCAGACUGUAUUUGACUGCAUUGGGAAGCUGCUGGAACAGGGAACAAAAUGCAAAAACAAGGUUUUGGGAAGAGUGCUGACACCAUCGCAGUAUGUUCUUUUCUCAACCCUGGACACAGUUCAAAAGUAGCUAAAGCAGACAAGAAUCUGGGGCAGCCAGUAUUGUACCACCUGCCAAAGCUUGGGACAAACAAUCUGGGAGCCAAAAAUUAUACAUACUGGGUCAUGAAGGUGAAGGAGGAGAAGGCUGGGGUAGGAAAGCUGGAUCCCACUAACCACAGGAGGAGAUUUCCGGAUCAGAAAGAAUACCCUCCUAUCCACAUUGGGCUUCCAGUACCCAGUUAUCCUCAAAGAAAAACUGACCAGAAGGGACAUCUUUUAGGCCUGCAAAAAGUCCACUGGGGCCUGCGGCCAGACAAGCUACAGCAGGAACUGACUGGCCCCGGGAGUGGGGCAAGCAGCCGGGACAGCAGCGUGGAUCUUAUCAGCAGGACUCGGUCCCCAGCUGCUGAGCAGCUCCAGGACAUCCUGGGGGAGGAAGAUGAGGCUCCCAACCCCACCCUCUUCACAGAGAUGGACACUCUGCAGCAUGACGGAGACCAGAUGGAGUGGAAGGAGUCAGCCAGGUGGAUAAAGUUUGAAGAAAAGGUAGAGGAAGGCGGCGAACGCUGGAGCAAGCCCCACGUGUCCACACUCUCCCUGCACAGCCUCUUCGAGCUCCGUACCUGCCUGCAGACGGGGACGGUGCUGCUGGAUUUGGACAGUGGCUCCUUACCACAGAUCAUAGAUGAUGUCAUUGAGAAGCAGAUUGAGGAUGGUCUCCUGCGGCCAGAGCUCCGGGAGAGGGUCAGUUACGUCCUCCUGAGGAGGCACCGUCACCAAACCAAGAAACCCAUCCACCGCUCCUUAGUCGACAUUGGGAAGUCAGUCUCCACCACAAAUCGCAGUCCUGGCCGGAGCCUUGGUGCUGGCCCGAGUCUACACCACUCCACGGAGGACCUACGGAUGCAGCAGAGUGCAAAUUAUGGACGUCUGUGUCAUGCCCAGAGCAGAAGCAUGAAUGACAUUUCUCUCACCCCAAACACAGACCAGCGGAAAAACAAAUUCAUGAAGAAGAUCCCCAAAGACUCGGAAGCCUCCAACGUGCUCGUGGGCGAGGUAGACUUCCUAGACCAGCCAUUCAUCGCGUUCGUGCGCCUCAUCCAGUCAGCCAUGCUGGGAGGAGUAACAGAGGUGCCUGUCCCCACCAGAUUUCUGUUUAUACUGCUGGGACCUUCUGGGAGAGCAAAAUCCUACAAUGAAAUUGGCCGUGCCAUUGCAACCCUCAUGGUAGAUGAUCUCUUCAGUGACGUGGCCUACAAAGCCCGCAAUCGGGAAGAUCUGAUCGCAGGAAUUGAUGAAUUUCUGGAUGAGGUCAUCGUCCUUCCUCCUGGAGAAUGGGACCCAAAUAUCCGAAUUGAGCCCCCCAAGAAGGUGCCCUCUGCUGACAAGAGGAAAUCUGUGUUCUCCCUAGCAGAGCUGGGCCAGAUGAAUGGCUCUGUGGGAGGAGGUAGCGGAGCUGCUGGAGGAGGCAACGGAGGUGGUGGUGGUGGCGGCGGAGGUGGGGCCGGCGGCGGUGGUGGGGCCGGCGGAACGAGCAGCGGGGAUGAUGGAGAGAUGCCAGCUGUGCACGAAAUUGGGGAGGAGCUUAUCUGGACAGGAAGGUUCUUCGGUGGCCUGUGUCUGGAUAUCAAGAGGAAGUUGCCCUGGUUCCCAAGUGACUUCUAUGAUGGCUUCCACAUUCAGUCCAUCUCUGCCAUCCUAUUCAUCUACCUCGGCUGUAUCACCAACGCAAUCACCUUUGGUGGACUUCUGGGGGAUGCUACCGACAAUUAUCAGGGAGUGAUGGAGAGCUUCCUGGGCACUGCCAUGGCUGGCUCCUUGUUCUGCCUCUUCUCGGGACAGCCUCUCAUCAUUCUCAGCAGCACGGGACCCAUCCUCAUCUUUGAGAAACUCCUCUUCGACUUCAGCAAAGGCAAUGGCCUGGACUACAUGGAGUUCCGCCUCUGGAUUGGCCUACACUCAGCUGUCCAGUGCCUUAUCCUAGUGGCCACAGAUGCCAGCUUUAUCAUCAAAUAUAUCACCCGCUUCACUGAGGAGGGCUUCUCCACCCUCAUCAGCUUCAUCUUUAUCUAUGAUGCCAUCAAGAAGAUGAUCGGUGCCUUCAAGUACUAUCCCAUCAAUGUGGACUUCAAGCCAAACUUCAUCACAACCUACAAGUGCGAGUGUGUCGCGCCUGACACAGUGAAUACAACCGUGUUCAAUGCUUCAGCCCCACUGGCACCAGACACCAACGCUUCUCUGUACAACCCCCUUAACCUCACAGCGCUGGACUGGUCCCUAUUGAGCAAGAAAGAGUGUCUGAGCUAUGGCGGGCGCCUGCUUGGGAACUCCUGCAAGUUUAUCCCAGACCUGGCGCUCAUGUCCUUCAUCCUUUUCUUUGGGACAUACUCCAUGACGCUGACCCUGAAGAAGUUCAAAUUCAGCCGCUAUUUUCCUACUAAGGUCCGGGCCCUGGUGGCUGACUUUUCCAUUGUUUUCUCCAUCCUGAUGUUCUGUGGAAUCGAUGCCUGUUUCGGCCUGGCAACCCCCAAGCUGCACGUGCCCAGUGUCAUCAAGCCCACACGGCCUGACCGAGGCUGGUUCGUGGCCCCCUUUGGGAAGAACCCGUGGUGGGUAUACCCAGCGAGCAUCCUGCCUGCCCUGCUGGUGACCAUCCUGAUCUUCAUGGACCAGCAGAUCACUGCCGUCAUUGUCAACCGGAAGGAGAACAAGCUGAAGAAGGCAGCUGGCUACCAUCUGGACCUCUUCUGGGUGGGCAUCCUCAUGGCCUUAUGCUCCUUUAUGGGGCUCCCCUGGUAUGUGGCUGCCACGGUCAUCUCCAUUGCCCACAUCGACAGCCUCAAGAUGGAGACGGAGACCAGCGCCCCUGGGGAGCAGCCCCAGUUCCUGGGAGUCAGGGAACAGAGAGUGACCGGCAUCAUCGUCUUCAUCCUGACGGGAAUCUCUGUCUUCCUGGCUCCCAUACUGAAGUGCAUCCCCCUGCCGGUGUUGUACGGAGUCUUCCUCUACAUGGGCGUGGCCUCCCUGAAUGGCAUCCAGUUCUGGGAACGCUGCAAGCUCUUCCUGAUGCCAGCCAAGCACCAGCCGGACCACGCUUUCCUGCGACACGUGCCGCUGCGCCGGAUCCACCUCUUCACCCUGGUGCAGAUCCUCUGCCUGGCCGUACUCUGGAUCCUCAAGUCCACGGUGGCUGCCAUCAUCUUCCCGGUCAUGAUCCUGGGCCUCAUCAUUGUUCGAAGGCUUCUGGAUUUCAUCUUUUCCCAGCACGACCUGGCCUGGAUUGACAAUAUCCUCCCAGAGAAGGAAAAAAAGGAGACAGACAAGAAGAGGAAGAGAAAGAAAGGAGCCCACGAGGACUGUGAUGAGGAGGAAAAAGAUCUUCCAGUUGGAGUUACCCACUCUGAUUCUUCCUUCAGUGACACAGAACUUGAUCGAAGCAUCACCUUGCACUUCAAAAUCUCCUGUCCAGCUUCACCUGCUUUCAACUACUCACGGAACCCAGUGUUCAUGGUGCCACAGGUGAAGAUAGAGAUGGAGUCAGACUAUGACUUCACAGACGUGGACAAAUACCGAAGAGAAACUGACAGUGAGACCACUCUCUAGGAUGAAGCAGCUUCAACAAGACUGGAGAUGGAGGGCCUGGUUUAGUCUUAAUUGGGAGGGUCUUAACUUAUCUGUGCCUGUUUCCUUCUUUAUCAAACAGAGGGAGUCCUGCCUCAUAGAGAACUGGAGAUCUGUUGAUCAAAGUACUGCUUAGAUGCAAAGCUCUCCCUUCCUUUUAUAGUAAUGAAAAUACCUAAAGCUAAAUAUUAUAUUUUAUUUUAAAAUGCAGUCCAGCAUAGAAAUUCUAACACUAAGAUAAAGGGGUAAUAGUCAAUUCAUAAUUUAAAGCAAAUAUCAAUUUAAAAUUGUUUAAAGGUUAGAUUUAAAUGUAGAUGUUCUUGAACUCGUAAUAUAGUCUAAUGUUACUAGACCAUCUUCGGAAUAUUUGGCGAUUUUGCAUAUUAAGAAAUGCUGAAAAGAUCCUAUCUUUUCUGUCACAUCCAGUUUCCUAAGCGUUGUAUGAAAAGUUUGAACCGGCUGGGGGCGGUAUCUCACGCCUGUAAUCCUAGCACUUUGGGAAGCCAAGGUGGGUGGAUCACAAGGUCAAGAGAUCAAGACCAU